AUGAACAAAUAUUCAAUCAACCAAAGGGCUUCUGUGGGUUACAAUAUUGCUUCUUUACAAGGCUCACUAGCAAAGGGUCCAGUCACACCAUCUGCACCAAAUCCAAACACCCACAUUCCUGCUUCAACAAUUAAUAACCAAAGAGCCUUUGUGGGUUACUAUUUGGAUUCCAUACAAGGCUCACUACAAAAGGGUCUAACCCCACCAUCUGAGGCCAAUCCAAGCACCCACAAUCAUGCUUCAACAAUUGAUCAAAAGGCAUUUGUGUGUCAUGACAACAUGGGUUUAUUACAAGGCUCAUUACAAAGAGGUCCAACCCCACCAUCUGCAACAAAUCCAAGCACCCACAUUCCACCUUCAACAAUUGGCCAAAAGGCCUUUGUGAGUCAUGACAACAUGGUUUCAUUGCAAAGCUCAUUACAGAGGGUUCCAACCCCACCAUUUGCACCAAAUCCAAGCACCCACACUCCAUCUUCAAAAAUUGGCCAAAAAGCCUUUGUGAGUCAUGCCACCACGGUUUCAUUGCAAGGCUCGUUACAGAGGGGUCCAACCCCACCAUCUGCACCAAAUCUAGGCACCCACAUUCCACCUUCAACAAUUGGCCAAAAGGCUUUUGUGAGUCAUGACAACAUGGUUUUAUUACAAGGCUCAUUACAAAGGGGGCCAACCCCUCCAUCUGCAUCGAAUCCAGGCACCCACAUUCCAGUUUCAACAAUUGGCCAAAAGGCCUUUGUGAGUCAUGACAACUUGGUUUCAUUACAUGUCUCAUUACAAAGGGGUCCAACCCCACCAUCUGCACCAAAUCCAGACACCCUCAUUCCACCUUCAACAAUUGGCCAAAAGACCUUUAGGGGUCCAACCCCUCCAUCUGCACCAAAUCCAAGCACCCACAUUCCACCUUCAACAUUUGGCCAAAAGGCAUUUGUGAGUCAUGAUAGUAUGGUUUCAUUACAAAGGGGUCCAACCCCUCCAUCUGCACCAAAUCCAAGCACCCACACUCCACCUUCAACAUUUGGCCAAAAGGCCUUUGUGAGUUAUAAUAGCAUGGUUUUAUUACAAAAGGGUCCAACCCCUCCAUCUGCACCAAAUCCUGACACACACACUCCACCUUCAACAUUUGGCCAAAAGGCCUUUGUGAGUCAUGACAGCAUGGUUUCAUUACAAGGCUCAUUACAAAGGGUUCCAACCUCUCCAUCUGCACCAAAUCCAGGCACCCACACUCCACCUUUAAUAUUUGACCAAAAGGCCUUUGUGAGUCAUGAUAGGAUGGUUUCAUUACAAGGUUUAUUGCAGAGGGGUCCAACCCCACCAUCUGCACCAAAUCCAGGCACCCACAUUCCACCUUCAACAUUUGGUCAAAAGGCCUUUGUGAGUCAUGAUAGCAUGGUUUCAUUACAAAAGGGUACAACCCCUCCAUCUGCACCAAAUCCUGGCACCCACACUCCACCAUCAACAUUUGGCCAAAAGGCCUUUGUGAGUCAUGACAUCAUGGUUUCAUUACAAAGGGAUCCAACCCAUCCAUCUACACCAAAUCCAAGCACCCACACUCCACCUUCAACAUUUGGCCAAAAGGACUUUGUGAGUCAUGACAACAUGGCUUCAUUACAAGGCUCAUUACAAAGGGGUCCAACCCUUCCAUCUGCACCAAAUCCAGGCACCCACACUCCACCUUCAACAUUUGGCCAAAACGCCUUUGUGAGUCAUGACAGUAUGGUUUCAUUACAAGGCUCAUUACACAGGAGUCCAACCCCUCCAUCUGCACCAAAUCAAGGCACCCAUACUCCACCAUCAACAUUUGGCCAAAAGGCCUUUGGUCCAACCCUUCCAUCUGCACCAAAUCUAGGCACCUACACUCCACCUUCAACAUUUGGCCAAAAGGCCAUUGUGAGUCAUGACAGUAUGGUUUCAUUACAAGGCUCAUUGCAGAGGGGUCUAACCCCACCAUCUGCACCAAAUCCAAGCACCCACAUUCCACCUUCAACAUUUGGCCAAAAGGCCUUUGUGAGUCAUGGCAACAUGGUUUCAUUACAAAGCUCAUUACAGAGGGGUCCAACCCCACCAUCUACACCAAGUCCAGGCACCCAUAUUCCACCUUCAACAUUUGGCCAAAAGGCCUUUGUGAGUCAUGAUGGUAUGGUUUCAUUACAAAGGGGUCCAACCCCUCCAUCUGCAUCAGAUCCAGGCACCCACACUCCACCUUCAACAUUUGGCCAAAAGGCCUUUGUGAGUCAUGACAGUAUGGUUUCAUUACAAAAGGGUACAACCCCUCCAUCUGCACCAAAUCCUGGCACCCACACUCCACCUUCAACAUUUGGCCAAAAGUCCUUUGUGAGUCAUGACAUCAUGGUUUCAUUACAAAGGGGUCCAACCCCUCCAUCUACACCAAAUUUAGGCUCCCACACUCCAUCUUCAACAUUUGGCAAGAAGGCUUUUAGGGGUCUAACCCCACAAUCUGCACCAAAUCCAGGCACCCACAUUCCACCUUCAACAUUUAGCCAAAAGGCUUUUAUGAGUCAUGACAGCAUGGUUUCAUUACAUGGCUCAUUACAGAGGGGUCCAACCCCACCAUCUGCCCUAAAUCCAGUCACCCACAUUCCAACAUCAACAUUUGGCCAAAAGGCCUUUGUGAGUCAUGACAGCAUGGUUUCAUUACAAGACUCAUUACAAAUGGGUCCAAUCCCACCAUCUGCCCCAAAUCCAGGCACCUAUAUUCCAACUUCAACAAUUAACCAAAAGGCUUUUGAAGGCCACAAUAUGACUCUUUUCAAAAGCUCACUGGCAAAGGGUCCUAUUACUCUAUCUAAACCUAAUCCACCCACCCACAUCCCUUCUCCUAAAUAA